AUGGCAGAAACCCGCGUAUUCACUGUUCGACCCUUUUCGAAGCAAACUAGAAAUGACCAUAGGGAUGCAUUCCGAGUUUACUUGUCAUCCUCGUCUCUAGCUGCCCUUAAGCUUCGGGCUGGAGAUGUUUGCACGUUAGGCUUGCCUGGCGGAUUAACAAAAACUGCUAUAGCCUGGAAUGCAACGGAAAAUAUCCAGAACUCCGUGGUACAGACUUCGCGGACUCUCCAAGAUUGCUAUGACAUUAAGUUAGGCGAAAAGAUCCUGAUUAGCAAAACUGACGGCUUCUUGGAAGAGAUCGAAUCCAUUUCUUUGGUUGAAUGCUCGGAUGCAGACAAGCUCGCAAAUUAUGGCCCUCUUCCGCUUUCAGAGGCGCACCAUUGGGCCUGGGCUUUGGAAUUGCCUUUAUCAAGGUGUGAUGCUAUUGCAGCUUGCUUGACUUUCGAUAUAGAGCUCAAAGGCCAGCGGCGCAAUUUUAAGGUGGCAGACAUACGAACUCUGAAUCGAAACACCGAUAGUACACUGUUCCGUUUCACCAAAGACACUAACGUCUCCGUCGGUGAAGAUUUCAUAGGCAGAAAGAUAAAUCGAACCUAUCACCUUCGGGUACAGUCGCCCGGUCUGGGUGGAAUGGCUCGCCAAAUUGGUAAUAUCAAUGAGGCGCUAGCGGAUUUCAACAUAGACUCAGAGGGACUAGCAAUGCCAUCCUUUUACGAGCAUAGCAGAGGUAUUCUUCUUUAUGGCCCCAAGGGAACUGGUAAAACGAAGCUACUGGGCCACAUACAGGCUGCCGGGUGGAGAAAAACUUUCAAUAUAAGCUCCUCUAUAUCCAGUAAGAAUCUCGCUGAUGGCGAAGGCAAACUACGCAAUGCUUUCCAAGACGCAAUUCGGUCCCAGCCUAGUGUUGUGAUAAUUGAUCAACUGGAAUUUAUUGCUCCUAAACGAACAUCAUUAGAGUCCCCGUCUUUAGCGUCUGCCAUAUGUGAGUGUUUAGAAGUUGUGAAAGGUUCCCUCGUCAUGGUCGUCGCUGCAACUCGACAUCCGAAUAAUGUCGACGAUGCCUUGAGAACACCACAUCGACUCUCGACUGAGAUUGAGCUGCAAAUCCCUGCAGCACACGACCGGGCUGAGAUACUACGCGCUCUAUGUGGAUAUCCUUGCCCCGAGCUGAGUGAUAGACUAAUUGAGAUGAUGGCUGAAAAAACCCAUGGUUAUGUUGGUGCCGACCUCUUUGCCCUGCUCCAAGUUGUCUGCCGUAAGGCGCGACAAAGACAGCUUUAUAGUAAUGGUGUAAGCGAGGGCUCUUAUGAUUUUGCGUUCUCGUCUGGCAAUGAUUCACAAGGGGAAUCUGCAUUCCAGGACAAAGCUUUGUCUUUAAGGAUCCAGGAUGUUGACGUCUUCUUAGCUCUACAAGAAACACGCCCCACUGCGAUGCGGGAAGUAUUCUUAGAGACACCGAAAACUCUGAUGGUUAAAGCAUUAGCCACAGAAGCUGGUUUGAAUUUUUUGGCUGUCAAAGGCGCCGAGAUUUUGAGCAUGUAUGUUGGAGAAUCAGAGCGAGCUUUGAGAGAGAUUUUCCAAAAGGCGCGAUCUGCGAGGCCUAGUAUUAUUUUUUUCGACGAGAUUGACGCUAUUGCCUCAAAACGAAGCAGUUCUUUCCAAGGAGGUGUUAAUGUACUCACUACCUUGCUGAAUGAAAUGGACGGCAUCGAAGAAUUGAGGAGUGUCCUGGUUAUUGCCGCUACCAACAAGCCUGAUGUGAUUGAUCCAGCUUUGAUGCGUCCAGGUCGUCUGGAUAAUAUACUCUAUAUAGGCCCGCCGGACUUCGAAGCCAGGAAGGAGAUAUUGAAUAUCUGGUGUCAUAAAUCGGUGGUCCACCCCGAGGUAGAACUUGAAGUAUUGGCUAUGAAGACAGAGGGUUACUCAGGGGCUGAGAUUGUGAACAUCUGCGAAACAGCUGGAGAUGCUGCUCUGGAUGAGGAGGAGGAGACUGGGCAAGAACAAGAUGUACGGUGGAAACACUUUGAGUUCGCACUCAAGCAAGUUAAGAGGCAAAUCACAGAUGCUGUUGUCGAGGAGUACGAGCGAUGGGGGAAAUCUGCUGAUACCAAAUAA